UAAUACUAACUUACUAUAUAGUAUACCUACCUAUUUAAUUAUUUAAAUGGUACAUACUAACAUAUUAUAAUUUAUAAAUAUAAAGUAAACACAUUUUUUUUUAUUCUUAUCCAGCAAAUGUCACCAUAUUAUUACUAUUACAAGGAUAUAAUUUGACAUGUGGACCGUCACCAAAGGCUUCAAUAUUAUUUAUCAUAUUUAAAUAAUAUUGAAGAAUAAAGUACUUCCUACAUUCAAAUAAAAAAUUAGCCCCAAAAAGCAGUUCUGGUCUUAUGAAAAAAUGGCUUUAUAAAAGUAAAAAUACUGAUCUUAACAUAGAUAACUUAAUUAACACCACAAGCGGCAAUAGCAUUUCAGUAAACAGCUUGGAUAACACCAUAAAUACUGAGAUUAGUGAGAUUCAACAAAAGAACACAACUUUAGUUAAUGACAGUAGUAGCAAUAGCACUUCAGUAAACAGCUUGGAUAACACCAUAAAUACUGAGAUUAGUGAGAUUCAACAAAAUAACACAACUUUAGUUAAUGACAGUAGUAGCAAUAGCACUUCAGUAAACAGCUUGGAUAACACCAUAAAUACUGAGAUUAGUGAGAUUCAACAAAAUAACACAACUUUAGUUAAUGUUUGUACAAUGUUGGCAAGAGUGGCAGCUGCUAAACCUCAUAGUGCUGAUGUUGAACGUUUGAUAAGUGCCAGCAACUUAUUAAAAUCACCAUUACGCUCAACUAUGAAUAUUGAGACAGAAAACUUGAGCUUAUAUAUAAAUUAUAAUAUGCCACCAUUAUACGGUUGGGAUCCUAGGGACACAGUUUACCAUUGGAUGUCUAAAAAGAAACAUCGAGUCCUCAAAAGAAGAAAAGGAAAGGAACAAGGUUAUUUUAGUGGAGUUUUCUUUGAAGCAUCUGGUAAAAACAAAAUUAUCAAUAGUGACGAUAGUGGCGAAGACACUGAAGAUAAAAAAAAAAAAAAUUUUAAUUUGUUAUUAUUAUUAAUAAAUUAUAAUAAAUAAAGUAAUGUAUAAAGUG